GGUCGUUUUGUGGGGAAACGUUGAAAGUGUACAGAAGAUUUUGGAUAUCGUACUGCAGUUUGGACCCUUCAUAUGCGAUGAUUCUCUGAUUUCAGAGGCGCUUCCAACAGUUAUGUCAGCUUAUGAUGCAACAGUGGUGUUCAUCACUUCUUUCUUAGCAAUACCGCUAUGUUAUUUCAGUAACUAUGCAUUCAAUGCAGUUCAGUCAAAGAACGAACUACUGGUGUUCGUCAUCGGGACCGUCGCAAUCCUGUUGGUAAUAUCCAUAACGUGGAGUUUGCUCAGGAAAAACAAUACCGGCAAAACGAACCCUUUGUUCACUGUGAUGAGCAUUUUCACACUGGCAUCAGUAGUGGACCUUAUAUCGGCACUCGAGUUGGAUGGCAUCAUUGAAGGUUUCAUGAGCUUUUAUCUGAAGCAUGGUGAACCGUACCUAAGGACUGCCCAUGGUACUAUCAUUAACUACUGGGAUGGCAUUAUUCACUAUGGGUUGUAUUUGUCCAUGCUGUCUGCUAUGGCAUGGAAUCAGGGCUACCAUGAAGUUGGUCUGUACUGGGUGGGAUCUAUCACACAUAGCAUGAUUGUGCUUGUGCUGGGUGCACUAACAGGGAAGUAUGGAAUAAAAUGGUCAUUUCUCCUGAAUGUCCCAUACUGUAUUGUGCCAGUCUGGUUUGGUGUAAAACUUUUGAGGGAACCGGUUCCAGUGCUAAAGGAAUCUUCUGAGUUCACCUUGAAGAGCAUUUGGAAGAGACCCAUUGAUGUAUUGCUCAUCUUGUACUUCAUAUUUGCCUCAGGUUUGGCAGUGAUGAGAGGAAUGGGAUGGUCCAGUGUGAUAUAUGUAUGGCAAGAAUUGUCUAAUAUUUAUCAAAUGCCAGUUAGAAAAGACAGAAAAGUGGUUUCUGCAGAUGAAUGA